AUGGCGAUCUCGAAGAAGGCAGGGAAGAAGGGAGUCAGCGGACUGCUAGGAGGAGGAGGUGGUGGUGGUGGUGGAGCCAAAUCUCAGAAGGUCCAAAAGGCCGAUUGGAGUGAAGGGUUCAAGAAGAAAAAAGCGGCUGGUGUACCCGAUAUGACACUGCUGAGUACGAUCACCAAUGAAGCUAUCAAUGAUAAUCUCAAGCAGAGAUUCAACAAUCAGGAGAUCUACACAUAUAUCGCACAUGUGUUGAUUUCCGUUAAUCCUUUCCGAGAUCUUGGUAUAUACACCAACGAGAUCCUCAAUUCCUAUAGGGGUAAAAAUCGUCUGGAAAUGACUCCUCACGUAUUUGCCAUCGCCGAAUCAGCAUAUUAUCGAAUGACAACCGAGAAGGAGAAUCAAUGUGUGAUCAUCUCUGGAGAAUCCGGUGCAGGUAAGACGGAAGCUGCCAAGAGGAUCAUGCAGUAUAUAGCGGCUGUAUCGGGAGGUGAAGGUUCAUCAGGCGGGAUUGAGAAUGUAAAAGAGAUGGUAUUAGCUACGAACCCUUUGUUGGAAAGUUUUGGAUGUGCCAAAACCCUUAGGAAUGACAAUUCAAGUAGACAUGGUAAAUACCUUGAAAUCAUGUUCAAUAGUCUGGGUCAACCUGUUGGAGCUCAAAUUACCAAUUAUUUACUGGAAAAGAAUCGAGUGGUAGGGCAGAUUGACGAUGAGAGAGAUUUCCAUAUAUUCUAUCAGUUCACCAAAGGAGCGAGUGCCGAGCAGAAAGAGGCAUUCGGAUUACAAGGACCUGAGGCAUAUGCCUACACAAGUAGAAGUGGAUGUCUAGAUGUUAAGAGUAUCAACGAUGUUUCGGACUUUCAAGAGACUAUUCGAGCAAUGCAAAUCAUUGGAUUAUCUGCCGACGAACAAAAUUCCAUCUUCCGUGUGCUCGCUACUAUCCUCUGGUUAGGAAACGUCGAAUUUGUCGAAGGAGAUGAUGGGAAUGCUGCUAUCGCCGAUACUGGUGUCACUGAUUUCGCCGGUUACUUGAUGGAAGUUGAUCCUCAGCAACUACAGAAGGUGUUGAUGACGAGAAUCAUGGAAACUCAGCGUGGUGGACGAAGAGGAAGUGUGUACGAGGUACCGCUGAAUGUAGCUCAGGCGAGCUCGGGCAGAGAUGCUCUGGCGAAAGCUUUAUACAACAACCUCUUCGAAUGGAUUGUUAGUCGUGUCAAUGUGUCGAUGAAACCUCAACAAAACCCUGACUAUGUGAUCGGUGUACUGGAUAUCUAUGGAUUCGAGAUCUUCCAAGACAACAGUUUCGAGCAGCUUUGUAUCAAUUAUGUCAACGAGAAACUACAACAGAUCUUCAUCGAGCUUACCCUCAAAGCUGAACAAGAAGAGUACGUGAGGGAACAGAUUAAGUGGACGCCUAUCAAGUUCUUCGACAACGCAGUUGUAUGUUCGCUCAUCGAGGACAAACGACCAGCCGGUAUCUUCGCUACUCUUAACGAUGCCACUGCAACCGCCCAUGCCGAUCCAUCAGCAGCCGAUAACUCGUUCAUCCAACGAUCUAACAUGCUCGCCUCCAAUCCCAACUUCGAAGCUAGAGGAAAUAAGUUCUUGAUCAAGCAUUACGCCGGUGAUGUGUUGUACAACGUCUCAGGAAUGACGGAUAAGAACAAGGAUACUUUGAUUAAGGAUAUAUUGGAUUUGAUCGAAGGCUCCAAAGAUGAUUUCUUACAUACAUUAUUCCCUGAGAAGGUUGAUCAUUCCAACAAGAAGAGACCUCCAACUGCUGGUGAUAAGAUCAAAGCGUCCGCCAAUGCUUUGGUAGAUAAUCUUAUGAAAUGUCAACCACAUUACAUCCGAACUAUCAAACCGAACCAACAUCGAUCACCUACCGAGUACGACGAUAAGGCGAUCUUACAUCAGAUCAAAUAUCUAGGUCUACAGGAGAAUAUUCGAGUCAGAAGAGCAGGUUUCGCUUAUCGAGCUGAAUUUUCAAAGAUGAUCCAAAGAUUCUACUUGCUCUCUCCUGCCACGUCGUACGCCGGUGAUUAUAUCUGGGAUGGCGAUGAUAGAUCCGGAUGUGAAAGAAUCUUGAUGGAUGCCAAGAUAUCGAAAGAUGAAUGGCAGAUGGGUGUAACAAAAGCAUUCAUCAAGAACCCUGAGACUCUAUUCUACCUCGAAGGUGAAAGAGAUCGAUAUUGGCACACCAUGGCGUCCCGAAUUCAACGAGCCUGGCGAGCGUACGUCAGAAGGAAAGUAGAAGCAGCCAUCAAGAUCCAACGAUUCUGGAGGAGCCAAAAAGAGUCGCUUGUGUAUGCAAGAAAGAGAGAUUACGGACAUGAAGUUCUGGCUGGAAGGAAGGAAAGGAGAAGGUUCAGUUUGCUGGGUAUGAGGAAGUUCAUGGGUGAUUAUCUUGAUGUCGGAGGUACUAGUCCGCAAGGUGAGAUGUUGAGAAAUGCGGCGCAAAUCGGUCCCGCCGAAACGGUUCACUUCAGUUCAAGAGCAGAAUUGUUGGUGUCAAAACUUGGUAGAUCUAGUAAACUUAGUCCAAGAUUCUUAAUCAUUACGGACAAAGCAGUCUACUUCGUCGUUUCCGCUGCGAAAGAUGGCCGAGUCACUACUUCCCUUGAGAGGAAGAUCCCCCUUGUUACUAUAAAAACGAUAUCUAUGACCAACCUGAGAGAUGACUUUGUGGCACUCAACUUACCUCCAUGUGAGGAAGGAGACCCGAUCUUCACUUGUGCAUUCAAGACUGAAAUGAUGUGUGUCAUUCUCACUUUGACGGGAGGUAACAUGAAUGUCAGCAUUGGUCCAACGAUUGACUACCUCAAGAAGAAGGAUAAAAAGGCUCAGAUCGUCGCUAAGAAAGAUGACGCCGUCCGAGGAGAAGCUGUCUAUAAGAGCCAUGCAAUUGCGGUCGGAUCUGGUGAACCUGCUUCUAGCUUAUCGAAUCCUAUGCCACCCCGGAAACCUAAGGCUAAGAAGGCUCCCAAAGCUGCGCCAUCUAGCCGACCAACAAAUCGACCAACCGCUAAAACACUACCAGGAGCUACCAAACCUUCCGCACCCGCAGCUAUGACUUCUAUGCCUUCCGCUCCCACGGCUACCAAAGCUCCAUCAGCUGUUAAGGCUCCUAUAGCCACUGGUGCCGCACGUGCACCACCAUCGAUACCUGGACGAGGUGCUCCCCCUCCCCCUCCACCACCACCUCCUGCACCGGCUGCUCCAGCCAAAGAAAUAUACAAGGCUUUAUACGCAUUCGCGGGCCAGCCUGGAGAGAUGAAUUUGGUCAAGGGUGAAGAAGUGAAAGUGAAGGAGAAGGAUGAUAACGGUUGGUGGAUGGUGGUGAAGAAUGGUCAGGAAGGAUGGGCUCCAUCGAAUUAUUUGAAACUUAUCGAAUCGGCUCCACCCCUCCGCCCCCUCCACCAGCUGCCAGGCAAACCUGGUCAGGUGGCUCAACCUCAGGCUCAAGGUGGACAGCUGGACUUGGCUGCUGUGUUCGCAAGGAGAGCUCAGCAAGCUCGAGGAGAAUAA